CCGAAAAUGUCGUCUUAUUUCCUGCGCUUACUGCUUUUUUUGACAUGCCUUGUGGCAGCUACCAGAUCAACGUGCAACGUCUGCAACAGUGUCAACAAAAUGGCCUGUUAUUCGAUGACACAAACAAAGGUCUGCGAUGCGAAUAAUUUGCCCAGCGGUGCACCCUUCGACUGCCCCCCCGGCUACAUGUGUGUGAGUGGAUCCGGCGGAGUCUUGUGUCAGCCGAAGGCACCUUCCAGCAACGUUGCCGACUGUCAGGACUGCAACAAGUGUGAUGCAAGCCAGACCUUUGCCUGCACUGGAACACGCAGCUUUGCCCUCUGCCUCGGCACGAAUGUGCCACAGCAAUCGAGGGGCAACUGUGCCUCAGGAUAUGUGUGCAACAAUGGCAUUAAGGAGAUCUGUGAACUGGCAACGAGUGUGAAUCCGUCAUGUUCCACUGUAGAUGAUACAACAACAACUACAGCACCAACCACACCGCCAACUCCAUCGACAAACGAUGCCGCCGCUUAUUGUGCCGCUGUGAAGAAACAGGGCAAUUUUGCGGUUGGAGAAUUCACCGAGACAACAUGUCGUCAGUAUAUUCAAUGCUCGCUUACGAAUGGAAAAUGGGUUGGCAAGAAAUAUGCCUGUGCAGGCAGCACCUUCUUUGAUCGAACUGUCGGUCAGUGUGUGACGAAUAAGCCCUCAUAUUGCUACACUCCCACCACCAAUCCCCCAACAACCACAACGGCAGCUCCAACCACCAGCAACCCAGCUGCAUAUUGCGCCAAAUUGCAGAGUCAAGGUUACUUUCCAGUUGGCACAAAUCCGAAAACGACAUGUCAUCAAUAUAUCAAAUGCUAUCAACUGAGUGGCAGUUGGCUGGGAAAAGGAUACACAUGCCCAGGGAAUCUCUACUACAACAGCUCUACAAAAACCUGUGUCUCCACUCUGCCCGCCACUUGCUCCGACCGGAUAGAGAGCAUAAGCCUCAAUGGCGUAGAGUUAGAGUAAAAAUUAGUAGAGUGUUUUAUAGUCUAAAUAAUAUAUUUAAAAAUAAAUAUAUUAAAAAUUAAUUCAAAUA